GCGGCUCAUUCGUUCGUUGGUCGCCAUCCGAUACGGUGGUAAGCGAACACUCGCUCUUAUCCCAAAAAUGUGGGUCUUACUUAAGAUCCUUAUUUUCUUAAACUUAGUGAAUUACGCGUUCGCGGAGAUACCAUGCCCGGCUAAAUGCCAGUGUAUCCGGAAUGCGGUCCGAUGCCUGCAUCAGGACUUGCAAGCAGUUCCGAAAACUCCGACGGACGCGCACACACUAGAUGUGCGUUUCAACAAAAUCUUCGACAUUGCUCCAGGAGUGUUUAGCCAUCUGCAUCGCCUGCGAUCGUUGUUGUUGAAUGACAAUCAACUUCGUGAUCUACGUACUGGAUCUUUCCAUGGACUGCGUCGCUUGAAAUAUCUUUACUUGUAUCGUAAUCGCAUCCAGCACAUCGAGUCUGACGUAUUCCAGGGAAUGGUCCAUUUGGAGCAGCUGUACCUUCACGUAAAUGAGAUACACCUAAUCGAACCUGAAACUUUUUCUAACCUACCACGACUGGAAAGAUUGUAUUUGCAUAACAACAACUUGAAGAGAAUUCCGCCUGGUUCAUUUCGUGGACUCACAAGCCUACACAAACUUCGUCUAGAUAGUAAUGCUCUUAUCUGCGAUUGUUCAAUGCUAUGGUUUGUACGCAUGCUGGUUGAACAUGGUGACAUGGACAUCGCUGCGACAUGCUAUGAACCAGCUACCGUCACCGGCACCUCUUUAUCAGCCAUGAAGGAAGAAGACUUUAACUGCAAACGACCUGAGAUUAUGAAAGAUCCCCAGGACGCAGUCGUUAACUUUGGCGAUAAUGCAGUGUUUACAUGCGUGGUCACUGGAGAACCACAACCAGAAAUAGUUUGGCUGCGUGAUUCAAUCACCGUGCCAUUGGACACCCAUCGUUAUGAAGUAAUGGAUAAUGGGACACUGAUGGUGCAUGCUGCCGACGAAAAUGACGUAGGAAUUUUUGAGUGCACAGCAAAAAAUCCUGCCGGAGCAGUAAAGUCAAAGCCAGCAAGAAUGAUAGUUCAAACGAAAGCCGAUGAGAAUGGUCGCCCAGUUUUCACAAUUUUACCUCGAGACAAAAUUGCCAGACUUGAUGAUAACGUAAAGUUCGAUUGCGUAGCUAGUGGUAGCCCUACACCUCACAUAGCUUGGUUCUUCAAUAAAGAAAGGAUUUUACUGUCGGAUCGAAUUACGAUGAGACACAAUGGGUCUAUGGUUAUUGAAAAAAUACAACAUACUGACACUGGACUUUACUCUUGUGAAGCUCAAAAUUUUAACGGGCAUAUAUCAGCACAAGCUAAAUUGGAAGUUAUGGUUGCACCAGCGUUUGUUGUUGUACCUAAAGAUGAAGUUAUAACAAUCGGGGAAACAGCAGAAUUCAGAUGUACGGCUCGAGGUGUUCCCAAACCGGUCAUUACUUGGUUCAGAAAUACAAUGUCUCUCGCUGAAAAUGAAAAUGUUAUUAUCUCAGACGACAAUCAAAACUUAACGAUUAUUCAAGUGUCAAAUGAUGACGAUGGAUUAUAUCAUUGCAGAGCUGAAAAUUCUGAAGGGCUUACGGAGAUUUCAGCAAUUCUUAAAGUAGAAAAAGAGCAGAUUAUAGCACCUAAAAUUGUACUUAGACCGGAAGACACAGAUGCAUUUAAACAAACUUCAGUGCAAAUGCCUUGUGAAGUUGAGAGCGAACCGCCAGCGAUAAUUGAAUGGAGGAAGGAUGGGACACAUAUAGAACCAAAUGAGAGAAUAUCCAUAUCCAUAAUAGGUAGUUUGAUAAUUAAUAACGUUACAACUACCGAUUCUGGCCGUUACGAAUGUUCAGCCUUUAACGAAUAUGGUCGAGACACAUUCUCCGCAUUUUUAACUGUUAAAGAUCACGUUUUACCGGGUGAUGAAUAUGUAAAUAUAGCUCUGACAGAAGCGACACGUGAUAUUGAUCAAGCCAUUGCUAAAACGAUGGAACAACUAUUGCAAUCUAAUAAAACCAAUGCCAGUAUUAGUGAUCUGUACAGAGUAACCAGAUUUCCAAAUGCACCAGCUAGAGCUGUUGCGCGACCUGCCGAGAUAUAUGAACGAGCAUUAGACAAAGUUAAAGAAUUUAUUCAAUCAGGUCUAAAGGUGACUUCUGCAGAACCAUUUAACUAUGAACAACUUUUGUCGGGAGAACAUUUAGAGUUAAUUGCAAAACUUUCUGGUUGCGUAGCCCACAGAGAAGAAAACCCAUGUCUGGAUAUGUGCUUUCACAUGAAAUAUCGUAGUAUCGACGGCAGCUGCAAUAACUUAGCUCAUCCUACUUGGGGGUCAUCGCUUACGGCGUUUAGAAGAAUUCUUUACCCUGUAUAUGAAAACGGUUUCAGUCAACCAGUUGGUUGGAAUAAACAUAUAAAAUACAAUGGCUACACAUUGCCCAGUUCACGGCUUGUGUCGACUUAUAUUAUAACUACGAAAAAAAUUACCGAGGAUAUCAAGAUCACACACAUGGUAAUGCAGUGGGGUCAAUGGUUGGAUCAUGAUUUAGACCAUUCCCUACCAUCUGUGAGUUCUCAAACCUGGGAUGGCGUUGAUUGUAAAAAGACAUGUGAUUAUGCGGCUCCGUGCUUCCCAAUUGACGUACCAGAAGGUGAUCCGCGAAUAACCAAUCGUCGAUGCAUUGAUUUUAUAAGAACAAGUUCAGUUUGUGGGUCCGGAAUGACAUCUGUACUUUUCGGAAAACUGCAACCUCGGGAGCAAAUAAAUCAACUUACUUCAUACAUAGACGCAUCACAAGUCUAUGGUUUUGAAAAAGCAGUAGCUGAGGAUCUACGAGAUUUAUCCAACGACAGUGGAUUAUUGCGUGUAGGGGCUACUUUCCCAGGAAAAAAGCCCUUAUUGCCUACAAUUGGAUUAAAUAGUAUGGACUGUAAGCGUAACCUGGAAGAAAGUAAUCGCAACUGCUUUGUCGCAGGCGAUGUCAGAGCCAACGAACAAUUAGGUCUUGCCGCUAUGCAUACUAUUUGGAUGCGCGAACAUAACAGAAUUGCUACCCAAUUAAAAGCUGUAAACCCCUUCUGGGAUGGUGACAAGCUUUACCAAGAAGCCCGUAAAGUGCUCGGUGCCGAAAUACAACACAUUACUUAUCAACACUGGUUGCCGUUGAUACUUGGUCCGGAAGGAUAUAAACAAAUUGGCGAAUAUAAAGGAUAUGAUGCAAAAAUUAAUCCAUCGGUUUCAAACGUUUUUGCUACCGCAGCUCUAAGGUUCGGUCAUUCGUUGAUUAAUCCGAUUCUACAUCGCUACGACGAAAACUUUGAACCGAUUCCCCAAGGCCACUUACUGUUACGUAAUGCUUUCUUUUCGCCUUGGAGACUUGUAGAUGAAGGUGGAGUAGACCCGUUGCUGAGGGGCAUGUUUACAACUCCGGCAAAGUUGAAAACUCCUACCCAAAAUUUGAAUUCUGAGUUAACGGAACAACUGUUUCACACUGCACAUGCCGUGGCUCUAGACCUUGCAGCGAUAAACAUACACAGGGGUCGCGAUCACGCUUUGCCACCAUAUACUAAAUGGCGUCAAUUUUGUAAUAUGACUGAAGUGAACGAUUUCGACGAUUUGGCUGGUGAAAUAUCAAGUAAAAAUGUUAGAGAUAAGUUGAAAGAACUUUAUGGUUCAGUUUACAACAUUGAUCCAUGGGUAGGUGGGAUAUUGGAAGACCAAGUAGAAGGAGGAAAAAUUGGGCCAUUGUUCACAUGUAUUUUGAUAGAACAAUUCCAACGUCUAAGGGAUGGUGACAGGUUUUGGUACGAAAAUCCUACCACAUUUAAGAAAGAACAAUUAAAACAAAUCAAACAAACUAGUCUGGCGAGAGUACUAUGCGAUAACGGCGACAACAUUGACACGAUUGGUGAAAAUGUUUUCCUGCUUCCAGAAGUUCAGGACGGGCUUAUUUCCUGUGACGAUUUGCCGUCUGUAGAUCUUCGUUACUGGGCUGAUUGCGAAAGCUGCGGUGACGAUGAAGUAAAGAAAAGCCGAUUUCGCAGGGAUGUGCCAUCGGAACCAAAUAUUUACGUCCAACUAGACGAUUACGAAAAACGUGUCGAGGACCUAGAAGAUCAACAAAGGAAAAUGAGAAAAAUCUUUAACGAAUUAAAAAACCGAGUCUUGUAUUUAGAGGAAACAUGUAACGCAAACUAACUUUAAAAAAUAAAUACAUGAAGUCUAUAUACUCUGAAUAAACUAAACAACAAUUACAAUUACGAUACAAUGUUUAUUCAAAAUAACUCGGCAACGCUUAAGGAUUUUUCGAUGUAAUUCAUUAGAUUUUACCCAUGUAUAAUCUUUUUAGUAGUACGUAAGUUAUUUUCUAUGCGGUCCAAUUAUACAAGAAUUUAUUUUUACUCUUUUACAUCCUCUUUCAUAUAUUCUAAUUUCUCCUCGACUGCUUCUUUCAGGGUGUCUAUGCUAUAUCGAUGUAAUAUUUUAAUCUAGUAUAAAAUUAUCUUAAUUUGUAAAAUAAUCAUUAAAACAAAGAUUUCUAGUCUUAAAGAUAUAUAAUCAUUAGAAUUAUUAUUAGAUCAUUUAUAGAAAUAAGAUAGGUAACCCUUCAAUAUCAUAUCUCAAUGUGCUUACUCAUAAUCUUACUACUCUAGAAAUAAUGACUGUCGUGGUAGUGUUUACGUUUUAUAUUAUAGUUUGUGCUAUUGUAGCUUUUAUUUCUAAUGCCGUUGUUGACUGCUGUAUUGCAGUAUUAUGAUGUUAUUUUGCAAUGAAUUAAUUUUGAAAUUACGUAACUAGUGUAUAAUUUUGGUCUAAAAUUAUAUUAAAAAUUGUAUUGAUGAAAAACGCGAUCAGGUUCCGUCCUAAACUGUAUAUUGGAGACAUUCCUAAUUGGAUACGGCGAAAUGCCAAAGGAAACUCCUAGUAAUUGGUAUUCUAAGUAGCAUCUUCAUAAUUGUAUAUUCCAUAAAUUGCUAUUAAUAUCAGUUCACAAUCAUCAUGUAAUCAUUCAUCAGGUUAAAUGGUAAAAAAAAUAAAAAAAAAAACAAAAAAAAGUAGUUUAUAGCAUUGACUUAGUAUUGAUUAACAUGAUUAUUUACAAAACAACGUAUAAUUAAAUAACCUGACCGCUUUUUGUUUCGAUUUCAAACAACUGAUAUUAAAUUCUUUAAACCACAAUAAAACAAAUAAAAAACCACAAAACCAGUGAAAUAGAUCAAUUAAAUUUUCAAAAAACAUACCGGAAAUGAUGAUUUUUUAUCGAAAUAUAAUCGAUUCUUGGUUUCCGUCAUUCCCAGUACUGUCGCGAAACUCAAAAAACGUAAACAAAACAACGAAACAGCGGACGUAGGAAGUGGAAGAUAUACAGUAUCACUAUAUACAGUUUUAAAUAUAUUGCGUUAACAAUAACAUUAGUGGCAUGUGAUUUACAAUUCCAUUACUAUUGAUUCGAUUUCAUAAAUAUGUAUUCAUUGCAUUCAACUUCUAACUUUUAAUCAUUAGUCUUAGAUAGUGAUCGCGGGUUUCCACUGCGGACACCCGUACAAAAUUCAUUAUGUUUUUGUAAAUGUUUCGGUAGUGGAAACUUUAGUUAGACAGCUCGGCAGUGUUUACGUUUAAGAUCGAUUGAAUCUGUAAUUGAAGAUAUCAAUAUGUUUAUUGCUCUUGCAAAUUCUUUUAGUAAAGAUAUGGGAAUGGGUAGAUUUGAAACGGACUCAUAGGAAGAAGAAAUAUUUCAAACCUCUUGGCAACUUUUAUCGAUAGUAAAAAUUACAUCAUGAAAAGUAAAUAUUGGAUAAUUAUUAACUUAUUUAAAAUCUACAUAUCUGAUCUUUGCAUCACGCGCCCGAGCUGUCUAUCGUCAUUUUAAUAUCAUGUUAAUAAUCUAAUUAUAGUCAUAGCUUCAUUAGAAAUAUGUAUACAUAGGAAUAAUAGAUAUAAAUGCUCCAUUUGUCACAAUAUACGUCUGAUUUUAACAAAUCAAAACAUGAACACGAGAACUAGUUAAAGUAUCAAAAAUGUAAAUCCAACUACACACUAAUUCAAAUGUAUCAAACAAUAACAAAAUACGAACAUUAAAAGGUCGGAAAUAAAUUGUAAUAACAUGCAUUAACCACUAAUCAACAUAAUACGAUUCACCACAAAACUGUUAAAAUCAUCCUGUUAAUUGUGACUGGAGUAAAUUUCAUUAUGCAUGUUAGAAAAUAUUAAAUAUUCAUGUAUUAACAGAUAUAGGUCUAACGUGGUAGAAACGCAGCAUUGGUUUAGUUCAAUGCAUUUAUACCUUUGGGUCGCGAUGUCGUCUGUGAAAGUCGUUAAGAAUAUCGGCGAUUCAUUCCAUUCACUACAAUCAUAACCAACUGGAUUGAACAUUUUACAUGCUAGUGGUUCGCGACGUGAUAGUCUAAGGCAGUGAUUCUCAACCUUUUUUUUAUUGCGGCACAU